CACACACAAACCCAUAUCACUCGAAAUUGGUGAUCCUUUCUUCCUUUUCACAGAACAUUCCCACGCCCAACGCCCAGCCGCCAGUCGACAACUCUUGCACCACCCAACGCCGGCAAGAUGAAGUUGAACAUCUCCUACCCUGCCAAUGGCAGCCAGAAGCUCAUCGACAUUGAGGAUGAGCGCAAGCUCCGUGUCUUCAUGGAGAAGCGCAUGGGCGCUGAGGUCCCCGGUGACUCCGUCGGCGACGAGUUCAAGGGCUACAUCUUCCGCAUCACCGGCGGCAACGACAAGCAGGGUUUCCCCAUGAAGCAGGGUGUCAUGCACCCUACCCGUGUCCGUCUCCUUCUCUCCGAGGGACACUCCUGCUACCGCCCCCGCCGCACCGGCGAGCGCAAGCGCAAGUCCGUCCGUGGCUGCAUCGUCGGCAUGGACCUCUCCGUCCUCGCUCUCUCCAUCGUCAAGCAGGGUGACAACGACAUCCCCGGCCUUACCGACGUCGUUCACCCCAAGCGCCUCGGCCCCAAGCGCGCCACCAAGAUCCGCAAGUUCUUCGGCCUCACCAAGGAUGACGAUGUCCGCAAGUACGUCAUUCGCCGCGAGGUCCAGCCCAAGGGCGAGGGCAAGAAGCCUUACACCAAGGCCCCCAAGAUCCAGAGACUCGUCACUCCCCAGCGUCUCCAGCACAAGCGCCACCGCAUCGCUCUCAAGCGCCGCCAGGCCGAGAAGGUCAAGGACGAGGCCAACGAAUACGCCCAGAUCCUCGCCAAGCGUGUUGCCGAGCGCAAGUCCGAGAAGGCCGAGCUCCGCAAGCGCCGCGCCUCUUCCAUGCGCAAGUAAGCGUUGUAGCUCGCUGGCGUCUUUUGGGGUGGAAAAUGAAAAAAGUGAAAGAUUACUCCGGGUCUUCUGGUUUUCUUGCAUUACGAGGCGUGGACGGGAUUACACGGGUGGAACUGGGUCAAAACGUUUCGUCACCAGUCUUCAAUCAUCACGAAUGUAAUAGGGCAUUCAAAAUGGAAAUGCAUCCUUGACGC